AUGCUGUCGGCGCUCCCCAAUGACAUACUCCUCUUGAUAGGAGAGGAAUCGGAACAGAAAGCGGACCGCUGGAACCUCGUCCUUGUCUCUCACCACUUCCAUGAUCUUUUCCUCCCGCUAGUUUAUCGAAAGGUUCUUAUCCACCACUGGCAUGAUGCCAACUCAUUUCUACAUGCCAUCCUCAAGCGACCCGCGUUGGCGCGGGCUGUUCGAGAGUUUGACAUAACCAACUGGGUCCAACGAAACAUCUCCGACGUCGACAGCAAUCUAAUCGCCAACUCGGCACAAUUGACGGAAUUGCUACAUACUGCAUCACAUUCCAAGCUUGAGAGUGAUCAAUGGUCACAAGAUCUCAGACGAGGCCUGGCUGACGCCUGGGCCGCACUCAUUACACCGCUGUUGAGUCGCCUUAGCAAGCUCCAGUUGGCUCAUGGGGCAAGGUCACCCUAUUUAGACCGAACUAUGCACAGGGCCCUGAACUCCGAAAGACCAUUCUGCGGUGAACCAGCCUUUCAGCAACUCCGCGAGGUCUCCUUGCACCAUCGGGAGGAUCUUGAUCAAAGUGACGACUCAGAAACUACGGCAGACGGUCAACCAUCACCGUCACUUCUGCUUCCAUUCUUCCAAUUACCCUCCGUUCGUUCAAUCACAGCCAACUCUGUGGUUGAUCCCAGCUCCAUGAUUACCCCAUCAGAGCAAUCAGCGGAGGAUGAAGAGCUACGCCUUGGCUUCUCCUCCAUCACCGAUAUUGACUUGCGAUCAAGCAGCGGGAACCACGGCAUGAAGGCGUUUGUGAGCUCCUGUGCUGGUCUGAAGUCAUUUAAAUACCAGCAUUCAGAUUCACACGUUCUUUCACACGGUUACCAACCAUCCGCAUUCUAUCGCUCUCUAUCCCACAGCAAGUCGAGCCUCGAAAUCCUGUGGCUGGACCACUACGGACGCCACCACCCGUUCACGGCGGCUGGGCUAAAUCAAUCUCACGAUGAGUGGUUCGGCCCUUUAGUCGAUUUCACUGCCUUGCGGGAGUUCCGCGUCCGACUACCAAAUCUGCUGGACAUCCGAUACCAGAAUGAACCAACUACGCCACUCAUCGAUUGCCUUCCGUCAUCGCUUGAAACCAUUUACAUCGAAGGGUGCGAAGAGCGAUAUUUGGGCAUGUUGGUUGCCCAGCUACAAACUGUCAUAAAGAGUCGCCGGACUCGCUUCCCUUGCCUCAAGCACAUCAACAUCGAAGGCGCAUUCACAAAUUUCCCAUCAGAUGGCGAUGACGAUGGCGUCAUUACUAGCUUCGGGCCCGGUGUGCCUGAAGUUGCGAUCAAAGAUAAAGUAUACCAGGCAGCUGAGCCUUUGCAUAUAGAUUGUGUCCAGGCGGGAUUAGAGCUGCAUCUUCACGACCGUGCCCUUUCACACAUUUGA